UUCUGCCUAUUAAGAAAAGUUCUCAAAAAGAACUCUUGAAAUCAUCUUGAGCAGAACUUUUGUAUAUCGCAAUAUAGGCCUCUUUUCAUAGCCCCCCUAAGUGGCUAACCAUCCCCUAAGUGAAGCAAAACAACAACAAGUAUCUCGUUCUAAAGCAAACAAAUAGAAUUAACCAUUUAUAAGGCGGCCAAAGAAGCAGUUGCCAAGCCGAUUAAAUAUGAAAACAUAAUAAUGAGCCAGGUAUAGAGUCAACUGCAGCAUGGUGGUUCCGAAUUAAUUAACUCCAGGGCAGUAGGUAGUUGGGAAAUGUUCGCCAGAGGAUCUGAGCCCACCCAAGAAAAUACUGCCUGUGAGGGCAACCCCUUCGGGGAAGAUGACGCCACGGAGGCCAAGAAUCUGAAGAAGAACAAUAACAGAAACGGGAACAGAAGCCCCAGCUGCGACUCGCCGCUGCAGGAAAUCGAUGAACAUUACGUCUGCGACAUUGCCAUGAUGCGAAUCGGCGGAGAGGAGGUGACACACAAUGCGCCAGCGGAUGACUCACAGCCACCGGAGCUGCUGGACGACAAUGCAAGUACAAACAAUGGGAACGAGGUGGAGAUCGAUCGCCAGGAGGAGGAGCAGGCGGUCAGCGAUUUGGUGCGGUCGAGCAGUGCAGGUGCUCUCAUGGAGGCCAAGAACGGGGGCAGCAUGCGUGUGGUCUUCGGUAUCCUGGUGCGACUGGUCCUUCCCCUGGCGAAUGGCGUGGCCAGGGGCAUCAAGGGCAUUCGCGAUGUGCGCGUGCUGAGGGCGCUCCAGAACCUGGCCUCCAGCAGGCAGGCUCUUACCAAUCUGGUGGCCUUCGCAGCCAACACUAUCUCACUGAAUCUUUCCUCGGUUCAGGUUUCUAACCGCAUGGGACCGCUACUGAAACUUCUUAAGAUGCGCAAGUCGCAGGAUGGCCUUGAGAGUCUUCCGGAUACCCUUAGUGCUCCCUCCACACCCUGCACGCCCAGCAGUCCGAUGCAGGGCCCGCCCCUUUACAGCGUUCGCUCGGAUGCGCCCAGCUGUUGCACCCUCAACAUCCUGGCUGAGCCACCGCCGGGUCAGCCCAUUCGGGCGGAUAUUGUGCUCAUCCACGGACUACACGGAUCCCUGGUGAACACAUGGAAGCAGGGACUCUGGCAGAAUGAUCGCAAACCGGUGGAGUUUGAAAGGCCGCCACGCCCACCGGUGAGGCCGCCCAAGAGACCACGCCACUCUCGCAGCGCCGCAAUUCAUCCAGCUCCCAGGGAGAAGCGAGCCAAGUUCGCCUCCCUCAACCGGUGCCUGGACACCACCGACGAUGCUCCAGUGCUACAGCGGACGCGCCUGCAGCGAUCCGUGGCAAUGCAGCCGGAGGAGGACUUCCAACUCAAUGCUUCCGACAGCGAUGAUGGUGGGGACUAUGCUUAUGUGUGCGGUGAACCGGAGGACAUCCAGAUCUGCGAGGGCAUCGAAUACAGCUUCCCCACUUUCCGGCUGCGGAUGCAUGACAACAGUCGGCUACUUCCAGCCGAGCUAGAAUCCAUGCUGCAGGCCGAUGGCAGCGAAGCAGGUCCUCAGGGUCCCCGCCCGCGUCCCACCUCACCCGGAACGCCGCGAAAGUCCUUUCGCAGGAGCAAACCCUCGCCCGACGAUCCCAACUACUCCAAAUGCUGGCCAGGCGACUGGCUGCCUCUGGACUGUCCCGGAGUGCGAGUGAUUGCCGUCAACUACACCACCGAUCAGUACCUGUGGCGUCCGCUGUGGAAAAGCAAGGAGCCGCGCUCCAGCCUUAUACAGCGCUCCCGGGAGAUGGCCGAGCUGCUCAUUCAGCAGCGUGUGGGCCAUGGCCACCCGAUUAUCUAUGUGGGCCACUCGAAGGGUGGACUGUUCAUCAAACAGCUCAUCGUGGAUGCCUGGGAGUGUGGUCGUCCGGCUAUGACUCCGCUUUGGCGCUCCGCCCGAGGCUGCUUCUUCUACUCGGUGCCGCAUCGAGGUUCCCACUUGGCCAGCAUCAAAGCGCCGCUGCUCUCGCGAUCCGUAGAGCUGCUGGAGAUUGAGAAGAACAACAAGUACCUAUUGGACCUUCAUAGGCGUUUUGCGGGUCUGUAUCACCUGGGUCACUUGAAGAUCGAGGUGUUUAGCUUUGUGGAGACUGCGUUGACGCUCAUGUCCGUGCUGUACCUGCGAAUUGUGGGUGUGGACUCGGCAGAUCCCGGCAUUGGCGAUGUCUGCGGCAUUCGCCUUGAUCAUCGCGAAAUCUGCAAGCCCCGAGGACGGGAUUGUAUACUGUACAAAGAACUGGUGAAAAUGAUCGAGAAGGUGUGCUGAGCUGAGAGUUCAGUGGAACUAAAAUGCAUUAUACGUGUGUGUAAAGUAUAUUGUAUUAGGACCUGAUCUAUUUGGAACCGAAUUGUGAAUAGAACUGGCAACUCAGAGAUGUCAUGAUAAUUACGCGUACCUAAAUGCUUAAUAUUAGAGCGUCGCUUGUUGUUUAAAUAGUGCAUAGCAUACUUGUUUCAUUACCUUUAAUUCGCUUAUCCAUAGCAAAUAGCUCAAGUUAGUAAUUACACACACUUUGUUGCCUGUAGUUUAAGCCUCAGACAGAGAAGCAGGCAGGCCAUGCCAUCGGCGGGCGUCCAAUGAUAAUUUUUGCAAUUUUUGUGAUCGUUUGUGAUCAUGUCGACGCACUUUGUUGUGAUGUUCCCCCAAGCACCCGUGAAUACGUUAUUGAUAUUUUACCAUACAUAAUUAUUUGCAUAUUUAGCGUUUGAUAGUUCUAUGAAUGUCUGUAUCUAUGUAUAAACCGAAACCUACACCGCUGUAAAACGUUACCAACGACUACAAAAUUGAUGCAUACAUAUGAGAGUUUCCUGAAAUUUUAAUCGGUCGAUGUUUUAUACCUAAUUAAUAAGUUAUCAGUUACUAAAAACAAUAAACAAAAUGUAUUUUA